UAUGUUGAUUCGUCUCUUAUAGGGACUAGGAAAUUUGAUAAAGCCGCUAUAUUUUCAGCAGCAGGCGACGGUGUAUGGGCGACCAGCCCAGGUUUAAAAACUAAGCCCGAAGAUAUACAGAGCCUUGUACAGGGAUAUAAUGAUGCAGGUUCGAUAUUCGCCUCUGGGUUCUGGUUCGAUGGACAGAAGUACAUGUCGAUCAAGGCAAAUGACCGAAGCAUUUAUGGUAGGAAGGGCAAGGAGGGCGUGUGUGCGGUCAAAACAAAGCAGACUAUUCUUGUCGGGCACUAUCCAGAAGGAGUGACACCUGGGGAGGCUGCGAAGGUUAUUGAACAGCUAGGGGAUUAUUUAAUUGGGAUGGAAUACUGA